AUUUGAGUUAGUCAGUUCAACUCAGUUCAGUCCGGCGACUGCAGUCUACGCGUUGCGUCUUUCCGUUUUAUUAUUGUUAUUACGUAAAAUCAAAACACACAGAAUUGUAACAAAUUGUUGUGAAUAACAUUUUUUUCAAUAAAAAUGUGAAAUAACGUGUUAGCGGAUGUCUUAAUAACAAGAAUGGAAAUAAGAUAAUCUGUAAUCAAAAUGACAAUACUUCUUUAUGACUACCGUGAGCUGGAGGAACGGGCUUCGAGAUAUCUUAAUGUCUGGAAAGCAUGGCAUUUAAUACUCUACGCUCUAGCGGCUAUCUUUGGAAUUCUCAACUAUGUUUUCCUACGAAACACCAUGCAACUCGUUGACAACAACUGCGUAUUGUAUCCAAGAGAACUAGCAUUCCGAUUUAUAGACUUACCCGAUGUGCCAGAAACGUAUAGCUCAGUUAAUUUAACAAGCGUUAUUAAUGAUACGAGCUUUACAAAAAUUGAAGAUAAUCCAAACGCUCAAAAUUUACCCGUCCAAGUAGAAAAUGUAACCAAAAUUGUUGAAGAGAAAAAUGUGACUCUAAACAACAAAGUACAAAAUGACACAGAGUCGAGCAAAAUUGAAAACGACGUCAACAUUCUCACGGUAAAUGAAACUCAUCGCCUAGUUUUGGACACAUCACGGACUCUCUUCGGAUGGGACAAUGAUUGCCAAUUUGCGGAAUACAUGCCGAUCAUGUCUAUGAUUUUCGCUGCUGCUUGGGCAACUUUCUUUACUAUGUGUCCCGGUGGCGGUUAUUCAAGAUCUGGAUUGCAACAACCGUGGCGGAUCCUGACACCGGCCUUGCUUUUCGCCCUUAUAAUGGUCGGUCUCACCGGACACAGUUUUACAAGUACCAAUAGAGGCCUAUAUGCAUUUUGUUCUGCAUUCUAUAACAUCACUAACGCUACGACGUGCUCGUCGGUGAACCCGUACCUGUCGCUCGCGUGGGGCGCGUCGUGGCCGUUCGGCGCCCGCGCGGCGGCGGCGCGCGCGGCCGGCGCCGGCGUGUGGGCGAGCUGGGCCUGCGCCGCCGCGCUGUUCCUCGCGCGCUGUCUCACCGCGCCCGACUUCCAGAUCAGGCGCACCGGGGCUUACCUCAACGAUCCCCAGCAGAAAAUAACACCCUACCUAAAAAAAUCUACGCGUCGACGUCUCUCGAAGACUUCUCCGAAUAAACGUGACAAUGCUUCUAUUAGAUCGGAACCUACUGCUACCACGGAACUUGUUACUGCUUCUGUCGAACAAGGACAAGACACCGUGCCCCCUUCCCCACAAAUUACUCCGAUUAAACCGAUGAAUGGCAGAGAAGACAUCGAGAUGACAAUAACCCCAUACAAAAUACAAUAAAAAAAUUGUUAAUUGUAAGCGGGUAAAUACCUGUAUAUUUUGUUAAGUUAUUAUUGUAACUGAGAAGAUUUUUUUGUAAGAAUUUAUUUAAAGCUUAAAUAUAUAAUAGAGAAUAUAAUAUAACGGACUUAAAGGACGCAUUUAAAAUAAUUAUAUUAAAAGUUAUCUAUAAAAUGUUGAUUUUAUUGCUGUAUUAAUGUAAAG